UUUAUAGUCAGUGUGUAAGAUCACAGCCCUCCUUCAUUCCGGCACAGGGAGUGUAGCAUUUUUCCCUUUCUUUCUUUUUUGAGCACAACAUUAACCAUGCAUCUUUGAUAUUUACAACUUGCUAAUAAAGAAAUGGAUGAAAGGCAAAUAGCCUCUCUCCCAUUUUGACAAUGCUUUAGACAAAUACUGAUUUGUAAACCCAAGGGAACUGUAGACAGCUCCGGAAGACAGACCAACGUGGCAGCAUUAUUCUCAUCUCCAUAAUGUUAAGGUAGAAAAAAAUUUGGUUUUCUUUUGGGAGGGUGGGAAGAUAUUCAACAUUUCCAAAAGAAGCUUUACAGAGAACUGGCAAUUCCAGAUGGUCGUACCUUUUGUGUUGGCUGCUUGGGAAUGCUCUUGGGUUCAACCUAACCAUGAUUUUAAGGACUGAUACUUUGGAUGUUUUUUUUAUCUCCAAUGUAUGCAAACACAGAUCUUUUCUUUCUGAUUAUAAAGAAAUUUAAAUAAUUACUGGAUUUGGAAAUUUAGAGAAGACAAGUACUUUCUGACAACCUCUUUUUAUUGAUGCUGGAAUCGUUUCUGGAAUAUUUUUUUCUCACAUUCAAUACAGAAAACAGGAGGAAUGAACCGACAGCUAGUGAGCAUUUUGACAGCCUUGUUUGCAGUUUUUUUAGAAACAUAUCAUUUCAGGACAACUUUCUGUAAAGAACAUGAUUCGAGAUCUGCAAAAUCCCCUUCACAGACACUCUCUCCUUCAGAUUUCUUGGAUAAAUUAAUGGGGCGGACAUCAGGUUAUGAUGCACGAAUAAGGCCAAAUUUUAAAGGUCCUCCAGUAAACGUUACUUGCAAUAUUUUUAUCAACAGUUUUGGAUCAGUCACAGAAACCACAAUGGACUACAGAGUGAACAUUUUUUUGAGGCAGCAGUGGAACGACUCCCGUCUUGCUUAUAGUGAAUACCCUGAUGACUCCUUGGAUUUGGAUCCAUCAAUGUUGGACUCUAUUUGGAAACCCGAUUUAUUCUUUGCCAACGAGAAAGGUGCAAACUUCCACGAUGUUACAACAGACAACAAGCUUCUAAGGAUUUCCAAAAAUGGGAAAGUAUUAUAUAGUAUCAGGCUAACAUUAACUUUAUCCUGUCCCAUGGACCUAAAGAAUUUUCCCAUGGAUGUACAAACAUGUACAAUGCAACUAGAAAGCUUUGGCUAUACAAUGAAUGAUCUGAUAUUUGAAUGGAUGAGUGAUGGUCCAGUACAAGUAGCAGAAGGCUUAACUCUGCCACAGUUUAUUUUGAAAGAAGAAAAGGAGCUUGGUUAUUGCACAAAGCAUUACAAUACUGGAAAAUUUACAUGCAUUGAAGUAAAGUUUCAUUUGGAGCGUCAGAUGGGAUAUUAUUUAAUCCAGAUGUACAUUCCUAGCCUGCUGAUCGUCAUUUUGUCCUGGGUAUCUUUCUGGAUCAACAUGGAUGCUGCUCCAGCCAGAGUUGCACUGGGCAUAACUACAGUCCUGACAAUGACCACUCAGAGUUCAGGCUCCAGAGCCUCUCUUCCAAAAGUGUCUUAUGUAAAAGCUAUUGACAUCUGGAUGGCUGUAUGUCUUCUUUUUGUCUUCGCUGCAUUGCUUGAAUAUGCGGCAGUGAACUUUGUGUCAAGGCAGCACAAAGAAUUUUUGAGGCUUCGAAGAAGGCAAAGGAGGCAACACAAGGAAGAAGAUGGAGCUCGUGACAGCCGAUUUAACUUUGGUGGCUAUGGGAUGGGUCACUGCCUACAAGUAAAAGAUGGUACCGCAGUCAAAGCUACACCUCCCAAUCCUCUACCACCUCCCAUGCCAAAAGAUUCAGAUUCCAUCAAAAAGAAAUUUGUGGACCGUGCCAAAAGGAUUGAUACAAUAUCCCGAGCUGCCUUCCCACUUGCCUUUCUCAUCUUCAACAUAUUUUACUGGAUCACAUACAAAAUUAUACGUCAUGAGGAUAUUCACAAAAAAUAAGUAACUCUUUGCAAGCUGGGUUUUCUAGCCAAAGUGACUUUCUUGUAAAUAGUGAAGUGUCUUUUUUUUGUCCUUGGCACUGAAGGUUUGUUGUCUUGUGCUGCUAAACAAGUAAUGGGGAACAAUAACCAUUGCACAAAAUAAGUUACAUUGAUAAGAUUGCAAAAUGAAAAGGUAGUCUCUAUGUGGUUCUUCCAGUAUUCUUACCAAGAUCACACACUCACAGGGCAUAUUUGUUCUGAGUUGUCAGUGUGUUUCAGCUCUAUUUAAGGAAUUCUUAAAAGCAUCUGUCAUGGGAUUGUCUGUAAUGGUUGCACUGCAGUAAGUUUUAAGAGGACCAAAUUUUUUUCAGGGUAACAUUGCUUUCCUUUAGGAAACAAGUAUCUACACUACAAGCUACAUUCCAUUAAUCUCUGUAGUUAGCCCAGAAGUCCCCUUGUCAAUGGUAAGUUAUUUCUACUAAGAGGGCAUGGGAAGAAGAGCCUUAUACUUUAUUAACUUUAUGGGGGUACAUUUUAAUAUUCUUGCUUUCUUAGAACUGAGGUUCAACUUGCAUAGACUGUGAUUAAUUUCACUCCUUUCAUCUACAGAAAUGGCUUGUGCUAUGGAUAAUGUUCUUAUUUUAAGAUGGUGCACUUAUUUCAAUUUAUUUUUUUUAAAUUAACUACAUGCAGCAUAAGGUGCCAAACCAUACUUUACCUAUCAUAAUUCUACACCAUAUUGUUGGUUAAGAAUUUAUGUCCAAGAGUAGUUCAGUUUAGCAUUGAAUUUCUAUUACUGAUCUCCUUGUAGUUGCGAGUUGAUAACUCUGUAGGUAAACAUGACUUGUUUACAGACCUUGACUUUAUAUCUUUACUAAAAGAAACCCAGGUGGGUGUCAUUUUAAAUAUCAUUAACUUACUAAAGAGUUUUAAACUGUACUGUGAUUUUCAUAACCUGUUAACCUUUUGGUGCCAGCGCUAUGUGGUUUAAAUCCAUGCUAUGUGUUUUAAAGUACAUAUGAAAACAAUUUUAAAAAGUGAACAGAAAAUGGAGGUAUUUUUGUUUACCCAAGAAAAAAAACUGUAAUAUUUAAAACAAAGGAAACAUUAAGAUUUUACAUUUGCUGUAAAAAUUUAUUACAGAAAAAUUAAUUAUUCAAUUUCAAUAAAGUUAAGUGUAGAAUUCA